AUGUCGCUCACGAGCUCAAGCCCCGUGUCUUGUGCGCAAUCCGCCUCGCUCGCCUCGCACACGCUGUGCAUCCUGCCGCUGUCGGCGCGCAAUGACGCCUUGACGGCCAUCCACGCCGCGCUGACCCAGCACAAGGCCGAGAUCCUGGCGGCCAACGCGCGCGACAUGGCGCUCGCACAGGAGGCCUCGUCGCAGGGGGAGCUGAGCCAGGCGGUGCUGAAGCGGCUCGAUUUGGGCCGCAAGGGCAAGUACGAGGACAUGUUGAAGGGGAUCCUGGACGUGCGCGACCUCCCGGACCCCGUCGGCAACGUGGACUUGCGGACGAGGCUGGACCGCGGCCUGGAGCUCGAGAGGGUUUCGUGCCCGAUUGGCGUCUUGCUCAUCAUCUUCGAGGCCCGGCCCGAGGUCAUCGCAAACAUCUCCGCCCUGGCCAUCAAGUCCGGCAACGCGGCCAUCCUCAAGGGCGGCAAGGAAAGUGCCGCGAGUUUCGAGGCCAUCGCCAGAGUCAUCGGCGACGCUCUGGCCAGUACCCAAGUCCCCGUGGCGGCGAUCCAGCUGGUCAAGACUCGCGACGUGAUCGACGAUCUUCUCGGCCUAGAUCGGUACAUUGACCUCGUUAUCCCCAGAGGGGGUAACGAACUGGUCAGAUACGUCAAGAGCCACACGAAGAUUCCCGUCCUAGGCCAUGCCGAUGGUCUGUGCGCCGUGUACCUGCACAAGGAUGCCGAAAAGGACCUGGCCGUCAAGGUGGUAGUCGACUCCAAGUGCGACUACCCAGCGGCGUGCAACGCGGCAGAGACGCUACUGGUGCACGAGGCGGUGUUGAAGACAGUGCUGCCCAGCGUGGUGGAAGAGCUACAGAAGAAGGGCGUGAGGUUACGCUGCGACGAACAAAGCAAGAAAGCACUGACCGAAGUGCUGAGUCCCGCGAACGCAGCCCUGCUGCAAGAUGCGACUGAGUCGGACUUCACGACCGAGUUCCUCGACCUGAUCAUGGCUGUCAAGACCGUGCCCGCCGGCACGUCUUCCUCCACCACUUUGCCGAACGGACACGGCUCUGGCGACGUGCAAGACGAAGCAAACGACGCAUCACUUCUCCGCGCCAUCGCGCACAUCAACACACACUCGUCGCACCACACCGACGCCAUCAUCACACGCUCCUCCGCCACCGCCGAGAAAUUCAUGUCCGCCGUCGACUCGGCCGGCGUGUACUGGAACGCCUCGACCCGCUUCGCGGACGGCAUGCGGUACGGAUUCGGCACCGAGGUCGGCAUCAGCACGAACAAGAUCCAUUCGAGAGGACCCGUCGGUCUGGAAGGUUUGACGAUCUACAAGUACAAGCUCCGGGGAACGGGUCAGGGCGCGGGUGAGUAUGGUGAAGGCGAAGGACAGAGGAGGUAUCUGCACGAGAAGAUCGAGAUAUGA